GAGCAAAAUGCCAUUUCAAGUUACUCAAAAAUUUAUAAAGAUGGCCAAAUUCAUAGCUUUUAAUUCCUUGGUUUUGAUCAUUGCAACAUUUGCAUUUCAUUGUGCUAUAGUCAAUGGAAAGAUUUCAAGUAGCAUGUAUGUCAAUUGGGGUGCUCAUCAUUGUCAAAUGCUAGGGGAUGAUCUUCAACUGGUCCUUGAUAAAUCUGCAGGUUCUGGUGCGCAAUCAAAAAGAACAUUUCUCUUUGGUAGCUUUGAAAUGCUUAUCAAGUUGGUACCUAACAACUCUGCUGGAACAGUCACAACAUACUACUUAUCUUCUACUGGUACCAAGCAUGAUGAAAUCGAUUUCGAGUUUUUAGGAAACGUAUCAGGACAACCUUACAUUCUCCACACAAAUAUUUAUACCCAAGGUGUUGGAAAUAGGGAGCAACAAUUCUAUCCUUGGUUUGAUCCAACUGCUGAUUUUCACAACUACACCAUUCAUUGGAACCCUAAUGCUGUCGUGUGGUACGUUGAUGGUAUUCCAAUUAGGGUAUUUAGAAACUAUCAACUCAAAGGAAUUCCAUUUCCAAACCAACAAGGAAUGAGAAUAUACUCUAGCCUUUGGAAUGCUGAUGAAUGGGCAACAAGAGGUGGACGUGACAAAAUUGAUUGGACAAAUGCACCAUUUAUUGCAACAUAUCGCAAGUUUAGGCCAAGAGCUUGUUAUUGGAAUGGACCAUUGAGUAUUGUUCAAUGUGCAAUACCUACUAAAUCCAAUUGGUGGAAUUCUCCUUUAUACAAUAAAUUGAGUGUAAAUAAGGUUGAUCAAAUGAACUCAAUUAGGAGCAAAUACAUGAUUUAUGACUAUUGCAAAGAUACUACACGAUUCAAGGGAGUUAUGCCUACUGAAUGUUCAUUGCCACAAAACUAGAAGGACUUCGAAAUUGGAAUGAUACAGAAAAGAUUAGCAUGGUCUAUCCGCAAGGAUGACACGUGAAUCGAGAAGGACGUCAAAGUGAAAGCUGCACUUUUUCCUUUUUCUUAUUUUGCUUCUUGCAUGUUUGUUAUUUCUUGUUCUCAAUUCUUUCUUUUUGGUUGUUUUCCGCAAGAAGAUCUUGCUGAGUUGAUCUCAUUUAUGUAUCUCAUUCUUUUCUAUUACAGUUUGAAUGUUUGUAUUAAAGCUCGAUCUCAAGGUCCAUAUUCUGUGAAAGGAUCAUCAUCUACUAUGAAGAACUAGCCUAAAUUUUCCUUUG